AUGACAGUGCCCAAAUUGUCGGUAGAAGAGCUAUUCAUAAGCUUGAGAGACAUUGAUAGUGAUGGUUCGGAGACCUUUGAGAAUUUGACCACCAAAAUAAAUACUGAUGAUAAGACUAAAACUAUCGAUAGAGAGGAGGUAGUUGAGAGAUUUCUCCAACCAUCAAGCACUUUACCCUGGAGUCUGCUUGAUCUAUUCCAAACGGUACCAGAAAUGAACUUUAUGGGUGAAAAUGUUGACACUGAAGCUGCGGAUUACGAUUACAAGGAAUUUUUGCAAAUUCCAGAGUUGAUUAAGAGAACAUCGUACCAUUUCAAACGGCGUGGCAUCGAUGGAAAAAUUGAUACAUAUCAUGAAUCUGUGAACCUGGAGGAAGUAACAAAUGCCAACGCGUCUAAUUCGCUCUCUAUUUCGAGGAAAAUCGACACCGAAGGCAAUAAUGUCAGAGGGUCCAGUAGUCAGUUGCCAUUCACCCCAGGUGGUUUAACGAUGACAGCUUUUGGCCAAAGCCCCGAUGUGUCUGCUAUGACUUCAGCCACAAAGUUGUUACACAGAGACGCCCAAGGUUUGUUCGACAUCCCACAAGGCCUAGACCGCGGUAUCAUUCCACAAGAGAUAAAACACAGUGACUCCAGUCAAAUUGAGGAGCUCAACGAAUUAAAUGAAAUUGACAAUGAGUUUGAGAAUUUGCAAGAACUCACUGAUAGUCGCCAGAAAGAAGAAGAUAUUUUGGAGAAAGAUGCCUCCGAACAAAUUUUAGCUAACAAGCAACCUGAGAACCCGGAUACGGCGAUAGAUGACUUACUUCCAAUAAGUAUAGACUUCGGUCGUACACUCCGUAAAACGAAAGAUGACCUAGGACGUAAAGAAUGGGCCCAUGUUGUUGACCUGAACCAUAGAAUUGACAAUUUUGACGAGCUUGUUCCUAAUCCCGCGAGAACUUGGCCUUUUGAAUUGGAUGUUUUUCAGAAAGAGGCAGUCUACCACUUAGAGCAGGGUGAUUCUGUUUUUGUGGCAGCCCAUACGUCCGCUGGUAAAACAGUAGUGGCUGAAUACGCAAUUGCAAUGGCAAAGAGAAAUAUGACAAAAACGAUAUACACGUCUCCCAUCAAAGCUCUAUCGAACCAAAAAUUCAGAGACUUUAAGGAAGAUUUGGAGGGUGUGGAUGUUGGGUUAAUUACUGGUGACGUACAGAUAAACCCAGAAGCCAAUUGCCUUAUCAUGACGACCGAGAUUUUGAGAUCGAUGCUAUACCGUGGUGCUGAUUUGAUCAGAGAUGUAGAGUUUGUUAUUUUCGAUGAGGUUCAUUACGUGAACGAUCAAGAUCGUGGUGUUGUGUGGGAAGAGGUAAUAAUCAUGCUUCCUCAACAUGUUAAGUUCAUUUUGCUAUCUGCUACUGUACCCAACACAUACGAAUUUGCGAACUGGAUUGGAAGAACAAAGCAGAAGAAUAUUUAUGUGAUAUCGACACCGAAGAGGCCCGUUCCUUUGGAAAUAAAUAUUUGGGCAAAGGAAAAAUUACUUCCUGUUAUAAGUGAGAAAAGAGAGUUCCUCGAAUCAAACUUCAAAGCCCAUAAAGAACUUGUCGCGGGCAAGAACGCUGCUCCUGGGAAGCGAGAGGUUCCAAAUUCGGGUCGUGGACGAGGAGGAGCUACUCGUGGUGGCGGUUCCACACGCGGAGGACAGGGCCGUGGAGGCUCUAGAGGAGCUGGUGCUGUUGGAUCAAACAGAAGCGAUUUCUUUAAAAGAAGUGGACCAAAUAAGAAAACAUGGUCCAACCUUGUAAACUUUCUCAAGUCUAAAGAUUUAUUACCUGCAGUAAUCUUUGUUUUUAGCAAGAAACGCUGCGAAGAUUAUGCUGAUUGGCUAGAUGGCAUAAACUUUUGUACUGGAAAAGAGAGGUCUCAGAUUCAUAUGUUCAUUGAUAAAUCGGUAACAAGGCUGAAGAAGGAAGAUAGAGAUCUUCCUCAAAUUGUUAAGGUGAAGUCUUUACUAGAGAGAGGUAUCGCAGUACACCACGGAGGCCUUUUACCAAUUGUUAAGGAGCUGAUUGAGCUAUUAUUUGCUAAGGGGCUUAUUAGAGUGCUAUUCGCAACUGAGACAUUUGCCAUGGGGCUAAACUUGCCAACAAGAACAGUUGUUUUCAGCGAAAUUCAAAAGCAUGACGGAAAUAAUUUACGGAACUUAAAUCCCGGUGAGUUCACUCAAAUGGCAGGAAGAGCGGGGCGUAGAGGCUUGGAUAAAACAGGGACUGUCAUAGUAAUGGCUUACACGUCGCCCUUGGAGCAAACUUCUUUCAAGGAGGUGGCCUUAGGUGUCCCCACUAAAUUGCAAUCUCAGUUUAGAUUGACAUACAACAUGAUAUUGAAUCUUUUAAGAAUAGAAGCUCUUCGCGUGGAGGAAAUGAUAAAAUACUCAUUUAGUGAAAACAGCAAGCAAACGUUAUUACCAGAGCACGAAAACAAAAUCAAAGCCUUACAGAGUCAGUUGGAUAGCAUUCAGUUUUAUGAUGAUUCGAAUCAAGAAGAACUCGAAAAAGUUUUAGAUGCUGCUAUAAGGUAUAAAGAAUGCACGAAGGAGAUGAUGAGUGAACUUGUUAACGGGAGCAGUGUGUUUCGCGUCUUGAACGUAGGACGUCUUAUCCUGUUUAGGGAUGAAAACGAUUGCGCGAAGCUUGGUUUUGUUUUCAGAAAUUUACCAAAAGAAGGUCAAGUUGUUGUUAUGACUGUCACAAAACCAAACAAGCUUGAAAAUGGUCAACCUAAUCAUUUACCUUACUUGUCUUCUAUCCCAGAUUUUGUCAAGAACAAUUUUCGACCAUUUCAAAAGACUGAUUUCUAUAUGGAGAACAUCAUGACUGAAAACGUCGAAAUGGUGAGUGCUUUCACCUUGGAUGUAGCAAUGACCGAUGUUAUGAAACAAGAGCCUGAAGUUCUGGAAAAGUUCAACAAUGAAGUGUCACUGAUUUUGAGAAUAGCCAAAAAGCUGAAAGAAACACAAUACGAAAAGAAGGGUAGUCUGAAAAUUCAUCAAGCAGUUCUAGAACGUGAGAAGAUAAAGUCAGAGUUGGCUUCGUUUGACUGCUUUAAAUCCCCAAAUUUCGCCAUUCACUUUUUGCCAAAAUAUAAGGAGUUUGAGAUACAAAGAGAAAUAAAAGACUUGUAUCACUUAAUGUCCGAUCAGAACUUGAGCUUGCUGCCUGACUACGAGCAGCGUCUAUCGGUAUUGAAGGAUGCAGGUUUCAUUGAUCAAGGUCAUAAUGUCCUACUUAAGGGUCGAGUGGCGUGUGAAAUCAAUUCUGGCUACGAAUUAGUCUUAACCGAGCUUAUAUUAGACAACUUUUUGGGAGACUUCGAACCCGAAGAAAUUGUAGCUCUUCUCUCAGUUUUUGUUUACGAAGGGAGAACUAGAGAGGAAGAGCCACCCAUUACUACGCCUCGUCUAACGAAAGGUAAGGCUAGGAUACAAGAAAUUUACAAGACCAUGUUGGACGUAUACGAAAAACAUCAGGUUCCACUAACCAAAGAGGAGGCAGAAUUCUUGGAGAAAAAGAGAUUUGCCUUAAUGAACGUGGUUUACGAGUGGGCAAGGGGAUUGUCAUUCAAAGAAAUCAUGGAGAUGAGUGUCGAAGCAGAGGGCACAAUCGUGAGAGUCAUUACGCGUCUUGAUGAAAUUUGCCGCGAGGUGAAGACAGCGUCCAUUAUCAUUGGGAACUCUACAUUACACAUGAAGAUGUCUCAAGCACAAGAAUUAAUCAAGAGAGAUAUUGUGUUUGCAGCAAGUUUGUACUUGUGA